GAUAUGUUACUGGGAACUUGUAUCUCUUUCGGUUAAACACAAAUUAGGUAAGAUAUUAAUAAACGAGGAUGAAUUUGUAGAGGUGAAAUACCUACUAUUAACAGCUGGUUCUAAACUACACAAUGCAACAAUGCAAUAGGGUUAUUGCUCUGGUUCAUCUGUCGUUUGUUAUUGGUGCUUUACAAGUGACAGGUCUUGUCAACUUAAAUCAGACUCGUCAUCGUCGACAGAGCAAAGAAGAAGGAUGCGUUCUUCCUUCUUAUCCAGAGCACGGACAAUGGAAACUCCUGGGCGGUGAAGCCAAACCUGGAGAUAAAAUAUUGAAAAAUAGCGUCAUAAGGUUCGAGUGCAACUCAGGCUACAAGCUGUCCAAAAAUCAACCGUUCGCAGUAUGUUUUGACAACCGGUUUUCGGAACAACCUGAGUGUAACAAACUGUGUCCUCCUUUAUACCGUUCGACUACAUAUCAACUUAGGUGUAGAGAUAAAACAGGGCUAGAAAUCCAGUGCAAUGAAGCCACUGAAGGGUCGUACGUGGAGUAUACCUGUGCAAUUUCAUAUGAAACACCAUUUGGAUAUAAGAGGACACUGCUUUGUAGAGACGGAAAAUGGAGCCAAAAGCCUAUGUGCCACCCAGUAUGUGGAAAAAAGAUAAUUGACAACGCAAAACCACUUAUUGCUGGAUCUAAGCCCAAUAACGUACUAGAGUAUCCUUGGGUCGUUGCACUUUACAUCAAAGAGAACAAUUCUUACGAAUAUAUCUGCGGGGGAUCCAUUUUAAGCUUGACUGUCGCCUUGACAGCUGCCCAUUGUGUCACGAACGAUUAUGGCGACACUCUGAAUAAAGAAGAUUUUCUCAUUGGUGCUGGAAAAUUAUAUAGCAAGCAUAAUGCUUCCCAGGACACACGUGCGCAGUAUUUGAUGCUUUCCAAGAUCAUUGUCCAUGAAGAUUUUAAAGGUGCUAGUAGACUCUUCCUGGCGGACAUAGCUGUCUUGGUCACAAAAGGAGAAUUUGUUCUGAACUCAUUAGUACAGCCAGUGUGUUUUAACAAUAUGAAAACAAUUUACUUACACCCAGGAAGCAUAGGAAAGGUAUCUGGAUGGGGAAGGACAGAGGAUGAAGAUACAUCAGAAAUUUUGCGAACGUUGAAUAUCCCCUAUAAAGACGGUGCCACCUGUGCUGAGGAGCUGCCUAAAGAAUUUACGACUACGUUCAACAUUGUAGACAAAAUUUGCGCGGGUUUUUCUAACAAAAGCACCAGCGUAUGUGACGGCGACAGCGGUAACGGUUUAACCUUCGUGAAUCUGGAAGACAACAGGUACUACAUCCACGGCGUUGUUAGCUUGGGCCCUCAAAGAAAUGGCCAGUGUGACAUCCAACACAAUACUCUCUACACCAAAGUGGCCUUCUACUACGAAUACAUCGAUCGUCUGUUGACCACUUAUGCGCCGACAAUCAAGGAUUGUGUUCUGCCAGCUCAUCCUCAAAACGGCAAAUGGACAACUCAGCAGCAAGGCUUAAAACCAGGAGAUGCCGUUUCAUUGAGUACUGUCUUAAACAUAGAGUGCAACAAAGGAUUUAAGUUGACGUCUCUUUCGACGAAUAUCAACUGUGGUUCCACUCACAAUAUGCCAGUUUGCCAACCUCUAUGCCCAGCGCUGAAUUUUCGUAAUGGGUCUAACUACUGGUGCACCAACAAAGCGGGACAAGCCAUCGACUGUCUAGAAGCUGUCGAGGGAUCUACGCUAGGGUACAGUUGUCCCAAAGCAUACAAAAUUGCUGAUGGUACUGGUAGAACCAAUAACAGAACUUGUUCAAUGGGGUCUUGGGGAUUGCCUCAGCCAGAAUGCUUGCAAUCCAUUAGAAAUUGCGGUAGAAAAGGCAAUGUAUCCAAUACACUGAAUGCGGAAGACACAGCAGAAGGACUAUUAGAAUUUCCUUGGAAUAUUAAUAUUUACAAAAUUACAAAUAAGUCUGGUUUGACGAAAUAUAUGUACAACUGUGGAGGAUCACUAAUUUCCCAUAAAGUUAUUGUAGCUGGAGCUUCUUGUUUGUCAAGUUAUAAAGGACAAGUAAACUCAGAGGAAGAUUAUUUGAUUGGAGCCGGUAAAAUUUACCCCAACUAUAAUGAUUCCAGGGAUGUUCACGCCCAAUAUUCAGAAGUGUCCAAUAUUAUUCUUCAUAAAAAUUACAAGGGAGAUACCAGACGUUAUUUUGCUAACAUUGCCAUUAUAGUAAUAAAGAAACCUUUUACUUUGAAUAAUUUUGUUCAACCUAUAUGCUUUACUGACGUCGAUAAUAUCCGUUUACACCCAGGAGAUAUAGGAGUGACGUUAAAGUACAAAGCAGAGGAUAAACAAGAGUUGCUGAAAAUUCCAUACAGGGAGGAUGCAAUUUGCAGGCAGGAAUUGCCAUCAGAGUUUGCAGAGAAGUACUAUGAGGAAGAUAAGUUUUGCGCCGGAACCAAAUACCAGACUAACUUGUGUCAAGGAGAUACUGGUAAAGGCUUUGUUGUCAAAAAUCCUGAGGACCACCGGUACUACAUUUACGGAAUUGCCAGUGCAAGUUAUUCUGAGGAACCAAAAAAAUGUCAUCAUAUCGUUUUAUUCACCAACGUAUCUAUCUAUUAUGAUUUUAUAGAUGAUAUACUAUCUCAAUAUGAGUAGUUUUAAAUGAUAUAGGCAUACAUUUUUUUAUUUGUGUUUACAUCUGUGGUAAAAAAAUAUAUUAAGUUUAGGUAAUAUUAAAAAAUUUUAAGAUACAACUGAAUUAUAUUUAUAAACUUUCACACAUAUAAUAUACGAGUACAUAUUAAUUCAUUAUGAAUAAAAAAUAACGUGUAUUUCCCUUCGUUUCAGUAUAUCUUCCACUGUAGCUUUGCGUCAUAAUAUUUUUAUAUACAAUAAAUAAUAUAAAUACGUGCGAUAUAUAGCAUCAUUUACCUCGAACUGAAAAUUCGUUCACUAACACCACAGACAAUAUAGCUUAUCGUCACAGACUGCAUGUUAAAUGCUAGAAAUUGGCAACCCGAAAAGGUUACAGGCUUUUGUUAGCCGGCAUCCAGCAAUAAAAUUUAGCGUGGUGUGGUAACUCUU